UUUGAGGCUCGAUGCUUUCUCGAAGCUGGCGUCAGCCAAUCAAAUCCCGUUUUUGCAAUUCCCGCCAGUACAAGCGCUAGCCAAUCAAACCGCGUGUAUGCUGAUCCCGCAGGUCUUGACUAUUUUCCAUAUGUCAUAAAAUGGAGGACAAAUUAAUCAUUGCUGUGGCAAAUGUCCCAGUCCUGUAUGACUGUACUCUGUUCACCUACCGGGACCUAAACCGGAGGAACCAGGCAUGGCGGGAGGUGGCAGAGACAGUUGGUGAAACUGAUAAUGUCUGCAAGAAGAGAUGGAAGAGUCUGAGGGACAGGUUCCGCAAGGAAAAGAAUAUGGAGAAGGAGGCCAAAAGAAGCGGGGCAGGGUCUGCAGGGGGGUACAAGCCCUGGCGUUUCAUGGCAGUGAUGGGGUUUUUAACCCCAUUCAUCAUAGACCGUGAGACGUCCAGCAAUGUCCCCCGGCAGACCCUGCCUCCAUCCACCCUGGUGGCAGAGGAAGAGAGCCAGGUAGACAGUGAGUCAGCCAGCCAGUCCACCAGCCAGUCCGCCAGCAGCAGUCAGCCAGGAGGAGAAUGCUGA